AUGGAGGCCACCGCCGCCUCAUCCUUUCUCUCCUCCCUCCCGCCCCUGCGGGAGUUCAUGUCUCCCACCCCAGAGACAUACAUCAUCGCCUUGUUCCUCUUCCAAUACUUCCCCAUAUUCUCCAUAAUCCAAUGGCUCACCUCCUUCCACCCAGCGGGCAAAACCUCCCUCUCCCGCUCCUUUCUCAACUUCCCCGGCAAACUCGGCUGGUUCCUCAUGGAGAUCGUCGGGCCCGCAAACCUGCUCUACGCCCUGAGCCAACACCACCACCAGAACGACACCCCCUUCUGGGCCCUCCCCGGGCCCAACAAGCUCGUCGCCGCCCUCUACCUCAUCCACUACGCCAACCGCGCCGUCAUCACCCCCUUCUUCGUCGCCCCCAGCAUGUCCCCCAUCCACCUGCUCGUCGUCGCCAUGGCCGUCGCCUUCAACUGGCUCAAUUCCACCUGUAUCGCCGCCUGGGUGCUGGGGUACCCUGUCCCGGUGCGAGGGUACAUCACUGACGGGUCCGGGUCGUCAUCCCGCGCAGUCGCGGCCCUGCCCUAUAUCGGGGUCGUGGUGUUCGUCCUCGGAAUGCUGGGGAACAUCCGCGCAGAGCGCACGCUGUUCCGGCUGCGUCGUGAAGAGGCCGACAAGCGCGCAGCGAAGAAAGUCGACUCCGCCGGCCCUGGUGCCGCGAGCUAUUCCAAGGUGUAUGUUAUCCCUCCCGCGACGGGGCUCUUCCGCGCCAUCCUCUACCCGCACUAUGUGUGCGAGUGGCUCGAAUGGCUCGGGUUUGUCCUCGUCGGCACCGCUCUGUACCCGUCUGCGGCGCCGGCUUCGUCUCUCCCGCCUCUGCGCCUGGCGCCGUGGUUGACCCCUGCGGCGGCGCUGGCGGAGCGCCUGGGCGUGCCGCUCCCGCUGCCGGCGGUCGUGUUUGUCGUCAACGCCGUCACCAACAUGUUGCCGCAUGCGCGCUGGGGACGGAAGUGGUAUGUGCAGAAGUUUGGAAAUGAGGCGGUUGCUGGACGGGGAGCGGUUGUACCAUAUUUCUCCUGGAUGUAA